GAGAGCGUUCGUAGGAGAAAGAAAAACGGCUUCGUUUCGAUUCGACUCGAAACGUGUUAGCUUUUCUAAAAGGUUUUCGUCGAACGCCAUUCACACUUUCUGAUUUUUCAUUCUCGAUCGACUACUUUUAGUAUCGAACGUUUUCAAUGGUUGUUGUUGCCUUGUGAUUUUCGUGCCACCGCCACGAUACGCCAAGUUCGUGCGUGUCGCGUUCAACGAAGCAAGAUAGAUGUAGGAAGAGGAAGAGGCAGCGUGGGUACGGUUUUUUUCAAGAUUCGCAAAGCUUUCCUCUAAGAAAUAUCCAGGAAAAUGGCGGAAGAGGUCGCAGGAGGUUCUAGCAAUAGCAGCAGCGGCGAAGCCAGCAGAUUGCAGCUUCUGCAAGAGAUGCGCCAACAAAACUUUGAUAGCAUACGAUUCGCUUCUUAUCGUACAGCUUGCAAGCUUAGAUUUAUUCAGAAGAAAGUUCACUUGCACAACGUAGACAUAUGGAAUGUGAUCGAAGCGUUUCGAGAAAAUGGCCUAAAUACUCUAGAGCCGUCUAGUACGUUGGGAGUAUCUAGGCUAGAAACUCUCCUGUCUUCCUUAUUUCAUGCGCUUAACAAGAGGGUGCCGGUGUCUCAACAAGCCAAAGUCGACGCUACCACGGCGCUGUUGAUGAAUUGGCUCUUGGCGGCGUAUACCAGUGGGGAAAAUAAUAAGAUAUCCGUAUUUUCGGUGAAGGUGGCAUUGGCCACGUUGUGCGCUGGGAAGCUCAUGGACAAGUUUCGAUAUAUAUACUCGCAAAUAUCCGACGGUAACGGACACAUGAUACACUGGAGGUUCGCCGACUACUUGAAAGAGGUUUUGUCAUUAACGGCAGCGGUCUACGAGUCACCGUCCUUUGGAUAUUCGGAGGGUCUCGCGAACACCAUUUUCCCCCCUAAUUCCAAAGUGACGGUCAAUGAUUUUCUGGAUACGCUCAUGUCCGAUCCCGGGCCGCACUGUUUGAUUUGGCUCCCGUUAUAUCACAGAAUGGCGGCCGUUGAAACGGUGGCUCAUCCCAUCAUGUGCGACGCCUGUCACAAGGAGAAUUUUACCGGUUUCCGAUACAGAUGUCAAAAGUGUCACUCUUAUCAACUAUGUCAGGACUGCUUUUGGCGUGGCAAAGUUUCCGGGACUCAUAACAACGAUCACGAAACCAGAGAGUACAGUAGUUUUAAAUCGCCGAGCAAACAAAUCGGUCAUUCUUUGCGCAAAAGCUUCAGAUGCGUUCCCGAAAAGGGGAAAAACAACAUACCUAGAUUUCCCGAGCAGCCAGAAAAAACGUUGGACUUGUCGCACAUAGUCCCACCGUCGCCUUUACCAUCUCACAACGGUUUUCCAGAUCCAAGUUUCAUGGCUCCCUUCGAUUCCGGAUCCAUGGAUAGCCGAUCUACCUUGAGAAGUAUGGAUAGUUCAAGACUGGACGACGAACAUAAAUUAAUAGCACGAUAUGCACAAAGGUUGGCACAAGAAGCUAGGACCAUGCCACGUACUACGUCCAGAAUGUCGCAAGCUGACCAAGCGGGUAGAACACCGUCGGACGCCAAUUUGGCAUCGUUGGACGCAUCGAGAGCGCAACGUGAACUUAUAUCGCAGUUAGAAGCGAAGAAUAAAGAAAUAAUGCGAGAAAUUGCAAGGUUAAGGAGACAACAAGAGAUAGAGGCGGCAGGAUUGGAGAAUCCUGCUCUCAUGUCGGAGUUGAGAGCAUUGAGACAGAGAAAGGAUGAAUUGGAGACUCAUUUGGCCACUUUGCAAGAUUCCAGGAGACAAUUGAUGGUUCAAUUGGAAGGUCUUAUGAAAAUGUUAAAGAAUCAUCAGGCAUCUCCUAGAUCAACCCCAAACAGUUCGCCAAGGAGCACAAAAUCUCCUCCGUUACCUCCUGGUACAGUGACAAGUAGUAGAUCGGCACCAGCCACUCCAGGUGGAACGUUGUCAACGACUCCUCAACAGCAACAACCGCAACAGCAACAACAACAGCAGCAGCAGCAGCAACAACAACAACAACAACAACAACAUCAAAUGUCGCAAAGCUACCAGAGUUCCGUACCAACGACAUCGGUACCGAACAUGUCGGGCAGUGCUAUACUUGGAACAAUACAGAAUCCUAUUCCAGAUAGUCUUUCGUGUGUCGGAGGCGACGUAAGGUCUGCGUUCAGGACAAACAGCCUGCCAGGAAGCGGUUCCAGCAGUGCGAAUAAUAGUUUGGGCCGAUCCUUACGGAACGAUCUGUUGGUAGCCGCCGACAGUGUUACUAAUGCCAUGUCAACGUUGGUCAGGGAAUUAAAUUCAGACUCAGACCAGGAGGACCAUUCUCACAACUCGGGACGUUUUCUCAGAAAACCGCUGGAUUUCGAGGCAGGUGAAGACGGCGACGACAGCAGCGGCGGUGGUAAUUCUUGGCGCGAGGAACUUCAACGUCGUUAUCAACAGGAGAACGAUUUUCUGGCCGAAUUGAGAGCGAGGAACGUCAAUAUGUCGCAAACCGAACGCACUCCGGCCGCUUCGUCGAACGAACAGGAACAGGAUAGGGGUGACAGAGAGGAGGCGGAAGGUGGAAAGGAGGAUGAAAAUGAGACGGAUUGGUCGGAGGCUGUGAAAAGAUGGGUAAACCGAUAAAUUAGAAAAUUACGAAUAGGGUCGCGAGAGUGAGGGAGAGAAAAGUAAAAUUUUACGUUAUACCGAGAUUUAGGUAAGAUCGAACAAAAGAUCUCGGCUCCGCAGUUGUACGAGGACAAUUUCGAUUACGAAAUGCCUCUCGAGAAAGGAGAAUUCUCGAUCGUAGAGUUUGAUAUCGAUCGAUCCGCGGUAGGUUCUUCGUACGACGUUGUCUCUCCUUAUUUUCCCAUUUUCGCACUCUUUCCAUUAAAUUCGACAAAAUAUAGGAAGAUCAGUCGUCGCGACGG